AUGAAGCAAGCGAUUGGAGCCGUGGUUCUGGCGCUGGGCAGUCUGGGUGCCGCUGCACCCCAGGCUCCCCCGGCCCCGACGGGAAGCAGCUACGCCACAGGUUUCGACAUGACUCGUAGCUGGGCGAAUCUGAGUCCCUACAAAGAUGCGGAUGGCUUUGGUGCUCCUAAGGGCGUGCCAUAUGGGUGUGAAUUAAGCCAGGUUCAUGUCCUUCAUCGCCAUGCAGAAAGGUACCCCACUCCUUACCCCCUGGAUGGCCAAGGAAUGGAAGAUUUUGCGGCAAAAUGGACCAACUACACUCGCGUGCAUCGAAAGAAAUCGGCUGCCACGGGACCUUUAAGUUUUCUAAACAACUGGGAGUACGUCCUAGGCGAGGAUAUUCUCCUGGAACCUGGCACGGCCACUGAGGCCACGUCAGGAGCCAACUUCUGGACCCAAUACGGUCGAUUGCUGUAUCGUGCUGGUCGUGACAAUGGCGCAGCUUGGAACGAGACUUUGAAUAGAUAUCCCAACGGCACAGCACGUGCCAAGCCAGUUUUCCGCACGACUUCACAGGAUCGCAUCCUGGAAAGUGCCCGAUGGUGGCUGAGCGGCUUCUUCGGCAAUACCGGUGCCAACAGCUCGUACGAUCAGUAUAACCUGGUUAUCAUUCCCGAAGUGUCUAACUUCAACAACACGCUGGCCUCCUAUGAAUCGUGCCCAGGCGAUAUGGCUGAAGGAGAUGACUCCGCCCAAGACUUCAUCCCCCGAUAUACCAAACAAGCGAUUGCGCGAUUGGGACGGUUCCUUCCCAGCGACUUCAAUCUGACUGCGUAUGACGUGUUGGCAAUGCAGAAUAUCUGCGUUUAUGAACACACCAGUCUUGGAGGCUCUUCUUUCUGCUCGCUCUUCACCGAGCAGGAGUGGAAGGAUUUUGCGUAUAACGUCGACGUGCAAUACUACGGCGACUAUGCCUAUGGCUCCCCCACGGGGCGGGCGCAGGGCAUUGGGUAUGUGCUGGAGCUCGCUGCUCGCCUCAAAGGACAGCUGAUUACCUCGAGCGACACCAGCAUCAAUGCCACAUACGAUGAUAACUUGGCGCAAUUCCCGCUCGAUCAACCCUUCUAUCUGGAUAUGUCGCAUGACGAUAUUCUCCUGUCUGUCAUCACGGCGCUGGGACUGCGCUAUUUCCGGUACGGCCCAGAUGGCCUACCAGGCAACGUCGACCAUGCACUGAACCGCACCUUUGCCAUGAGCCAGAUGACCCCUUUUGGCGCCCGUCUGAUGUCAGAGGUAUGGACAUGUCCUCGCAACACCUCGUUUGAGCAAUUGGCGCCGGUGUUGUAUCGCAAUCCGCAUAUCGCGUCGGGCCCCUCCGCCGCCAAAUUCAUCCGAUUCGUGCUCAAUGGAGCCCCCCUGGCCCUCGACGGACUGGUGGGCUGUGAAGCAGCGCACCUUGGGUUCUGUCCCGUCGACGGGUUCCUCCGCGGUAUUCCAACGCUCCAGAAACAGGCAGAGUAUCAACGGGCCUGCUUCGGACAUUACCCAACUGGGAGUCAGGUGGGAGAUGGGGCACCUGAGUCCUGA